CGUCACGUCAUCAACCAAUUUCUAGGUUAUGUUUUAACUUUUUUUGAACUUUUCAGAGUCUUUUCACUGUUUUCGAAAAAAGAUUAAUAAUUAAUUUCACCUAACUACCCAUUUGUUAAUUAGGAAAAAUGUCCGGCCAGUGGGAAGUAGUACGAGGCAAAAACGACCGCAAAAGCAAACUGCCCGUUUCGAAAACUGCGGGUAAACAAACCAACGAAGGGAAACCCAAGAAAACGAACAUUCUAAAUGGAGUUAGAAUUGAUGAAGUUUUACCAAAGUCGCAAGUACAAAAUCUCUAUUCCGGAAAACAGGCGAACAAAGAAAACAAACCGGUAGUAGAAAAACAAAAAGUGAAUGAAACCAAGAAGCCUGAGAAGAAAAGCAAUAAUAAGGGUCCUUCGGAGACCCCUAAGCCAAAACCACCAAAAUCAAUUGAAGCCGGUUUAUUAGCAAUAAACACUGAUGAGUUUGUACAAAUAUUUGAAAAAUCAAAACUAUCAUUCCCUGAUGCACCCAUAGUGUGGCUGAAAGAACUUACACAGUUUUUAAAUCAAAAACUUCCUUUGGAAAUUCAGGAUCCAGUGUUUUCAAACAAGCCAAUUGGUUACCCUCUCAGCGUGGUGCCUUCACCAUUAAAAUCUACCAUUGAAAAAGCAAUAAAAGAAGCGGGAAAAAGCAACGCACAACUUUACUUCGACAUCGCUUUAACUUCCAUGGUGACCGAUCUCAGUAAGGGGCUUUCGGCGGUAGGAUAUCGGUUUUUCUUGCAACAAAUUGCCUUAAGUGAGCCUAAACUCGUCACCGAAAACCUCACAAAACACGUUUCUCUGAGAAACUCUUACCAAAACCGAGCCAAUGUUGCCUUAUCUAUUUUAUGGUCGGUGGGACAUGUGGGAAACAAGGAUCUUCAAUGUGGAUUAAAAGUAUUCGAAGACCUCAUGUUGCCCCUCUUAGAAAUGAAAAGUUACUCGCAAUACGUUCUAAAGUAUCUGGUGCAGUUAACCAACCAAGACUUUGAAACACAACUUACCAAGGAACAGUACCUACUUAUCUUAGAUACUGCAUUUUCAAGUAAAAAAAACCUCCCUGCUGCUUUACAAAAGGAUUUGGUUAAAAACGUGCCGAAAUUGAAAAAGCUGCUAUUCAGCAACAAAAAGGAGAGAUAUAAUAGUUAUGUGGAGGUUUUGCUUAAGAAAAUCAACGCUACCACCAAUGUGUCAUAUCAAAAUGCCUUAUGUGAUAUUUUAAUAGAUAUAUUUAACAAGGACCAAUCUACUUUAGCUGUUUGGAAUAAGGUUUACUCUAAGAAUUUAUUGGCCAGUGCUGUUUUGCUGCGUUAUAUGAGUGAUAAUCGUGAUAGCCUUAAGCCUAAUCUUAAAAAAGACUUUAAAGAAUUAUUAGCGCACUUUUCGGCGAUAAACGAAGAGUUGUCCCAAAAAAGGAGGAAGGAUGAAGGGUUGAAAGAAGCUAUGUUUGCUCUUAAGAAAGCCAAGGAACAGAAAAAGGAGCAGAAGAAAAGCAGCGGAGUUUUCGGAAAGUUCCUUUCAACCCUCUUUUUACUUGCUUUCAUCCUGGUGUUAACUGAACCCUUCUACAGGCUCAGCAAACCCAGGGCUGACUUGUACAUGUUCAGAAUUGCCAGGAAAGUUGGCGAGGCAGGUCUUUGGCUGGAUGGUAAAUUAGCUAAAAAUGUGCCCAAGCCUUAUUAUGGUCAGGCCAAGGAGUUUAUGAAGCCUUAUGGGGCUCUGGCCGGAGAUUUAUUGCAAAUUGGGGUUAAUAUUCAUGAUAAUGCCCGAGAAGCUUUUGCCGGAUUUGUUGAUGAGAAAUAUCCUAUAGUUGUGGCUUCGAUUGAUAACUAUGCUCCAGGCUUAAUUGACAAUACCCAAGUGAUUUUUAAUGAUGCCUUUGCCAAGAGCAUUCACUACUACCAGUCAGGAGUCAAUUAUCUCCAAAAGGAAGUCUUUGUUGGAGAACUUUCUCCUGAAAACAUCCAGAGGGUGGUGGUGACUGCAUACAAUACAACCUCAGAAAAAGCCAUCGAGUACUACCAUUGGGUGUACCAAAAAGUGCAGACAAGCAUCAAAUAACUCCAAAAUUACCUUUAGGCUGUUUUUUUUUUGUUACAUUCUCUCCUUUAUUCCAUCGAGAGUUUGGGUUUGGUACACACACUUUUAUUGAUAUAAAGCAAUGGGGGCUUUGUGUGUACCCAGCCUAAAUACUCAACAUUAAAAUAGCAAAGCAAUGUGGUACAGGACUAAAAUAACGAAAUUUGGUGCCUCAAUAUCAACACUAGAUUUCUGACAUAUUCAUGACUUGGUUUGUUAUUUUAAUUUGAGCAUAUUAUGAUCUUAUUGAGUGUGCAUAUUGUGUCAACGAUUAUACUUUUUUUUAUUAUAUAAAAAAUUAUACAUAAUUUAUUUUAAACGAGGUAUUGUUAGGAGGAAAAGUAUGUUGAUUAUUGAAAUAAAACAAUUUUUUACUA